AUGGCUUCACUUAAAGAGCGGCCGGAUUUGGAUGUGCGCGAGAGUAUAGCGAGCGCUGCUAGUGCUGCUUAUGAGGGAGUGUGCAUACAUUUGGAUCGGCUCCAGCUAGAUGAUGUGAGGAGAGCUCUGCAGCGGCUUAAGUCUAAAACAUCUACGGGGCCAGAUAGUAUUCCACCCUUCGUUUUUAAGGACUGUCGAGACAUACUGCAUAUUUAUAAUCUUUGCCUGGCGUCGGCGGUUUUCCCCGAAAGGUGGAAGCUGACGUGGGUAGUACCGGUGCCAAAGGGUGCGUCGUCAUCUACCGUGGAAGGAUACAGACCAGUAGCAAUAUUGUCGACGCCGGCAAAGGUUCUGGAGACUGCUAUCCAGGGAUUGUACUCGCAGAUAAGCGCGCAGUUGACAGACUCGCAGCACGGGUUCCGCCCGGCACGAAGUACGACUAGUUACCUACUCAACUAUAUGGCUGACGUGGUUUCAUUUGUGGAUAGUGGGGUGCAGGUGGAUGCAGCUUAUUUCGAUUUCAAAAAAGCUUUUGAUUUAGUCGAUAAUGACGUGUUGCUACAAAAGCUAGCCAGUGUGGGAUUCACAUCACAUCCGUUAAGGCUUUUUACCAGCAAUAUGAGCAACUGUCAGUAG